CGGCCCGCGGCACUCGCAGCCGCCGCCGCCGCCUCCCAGGACGCCGUCGCCCACCCCCGAGGAGUACUCCUACGCCUACUACGAGCCAGAUUGCAACGCACGCGUUCUGCACACGCCACAGGACCGGCACUCCUUCACGACGCGCUACGGGACGGAAGAGAACAUCUACGAGGAGAUCAGCGAGGUGGCGGCCAAGAUGGCGGCCGCGGCGGCGGCCUCCGCCUCUGCCUCCGCAUCUGCGUCCUCGUCUUCGUCGCCGCCGCCGCUGGGCUCUCCCAGCGCCAGCCUCCAGCUGCACCCACGCCAGCACCGACACCACCACCAGCAGCGGCCGCGCGCGCACGACCACGACCACUGCCACGGCCACGGCCACGGCCGGGGCGGCGGCUGCCGCAGCAGCAGCGGCGCCAGCAGGUCGCUCGCCUCCAUCGCGCAGUCCGUCGUCGAGGAGGAGGUGCGGCGCGUGGAGCACGGACACAAGCGGGUGCUGGGCGAGCUGAACCUGUCUGUGGAGGCGAUGCUGAUGCCGCCGUCGGUGGCGCCGCCGGCCGACCUGCUGGACGAGCUGCUGGCCGUCGGGCCCACCGACGACCUGCUGACGCCCGCCUCGCCCACGCCCACGCACUCGCACUCGCAGGCGCACGAGGCCGACUCGGGGCUGGGCUCCUACUACAGCGGCGCCUCCUCGUCCCGCUCCUCCCAGCAGCAGCAGCAGCAGCAGCAGGGCGGCUUCUGGAAGCGCCGCGGCUGGAAGCGCAUCGCGGGGCUCGCCGCCGGAAAGACUCUGUGUGAUACUUGCAAGUCUCCAGUGCAAGGAGGCGGUGUGUCUUCCAUUUCGGCGCUUUGGUGGUGCGCGCAUCCCCUGGAAUCUCGCCAGCGCGGAGGCGUGGCAGUGACAGAGACCUCUGCGUGCCAGGCGCCGUGCGUGCGUGCGUUGGCUGCCAGCACCCGCCAGCGGAAGGUUUCCUUCGGUGCCGCUGGAGCUUCACUUGUUCCACAGCUGCGCCCUCCUCCGUCACGGGUGUAA